AUGUACAACACCGCAAAUGAUAAGGAACGGAAAGACUGCACAUCAACGGGUGCCAUGUCCUCGGCGUCGACUAUUUCGACCAAGUUGAGCGUGGUACUGCCGAACGUGAGUUUCACGUCGCUCGUCCGGGCGAAGCUCCAGAUUCGAACGACCUCGAGAGGGCCUCUAAGAUCAGACGACACCUCGCGUCCCGACAGACGUGCCAAGUUUUGCAAGCAGGCGUUGCUUGUUUUCGGCGGGAUUUUGUCUCAUAUAUUCCACUUCAAUAUCACCAUUUGCCUUCGGUACGUGGUCCAAUGUGAUCGAGGUCUCGACCCAGAAGAGUUCUGGCAGCAUGGAAUCGACAGGAAAUCGUAUCGCCACCUUGUGAUGCAUAUCAGUCCGCGUGUGGAGGAAGGCCUGCAAUGCUGGUCAGACGGAAGAUGUGCACCUGUCUAG